AAGCGUUCAGCGGUGUCCGUGUGCCUGAGUAGAAGGGUUAGAUGUUAUUAAUGUAUAUAAUACCAAGCUAAGUAGCUAGCUAGCUUGUUUGCUUCAUCAUCAUCAUCAUCAUCAUGUCAACAGAAAACGAUAUGACAUUACCACCGUUAUCGUCAUUUGAACGACUUGAGUGCCAACUUGGGAACUCUGAAAAAAGAACCAGGCGGCAAGAGGCAUUUCUUGGAGGUGCUGGCUCAUGUAACGUUAGAGCAUCAUCAACCAGAAUUGGCUGUACCUCAGGCUACCUGUCUACCUGGCCUGCCCAUGUCACCUCUCAAGUUGUUCAGCGGGGGAGGAGACAUACUUCAGUUGGAGAGAUCAGGAACCAUGGAUGCGGUAAUGAGUUUGGUGGCCUCGUUGGGAAGCCACGAUUCCUGAAGCAGCUUGAAAGCUACCUGAAGAGGGAGCUUCAGACUCUUGACCCACAACAACCAAAAUUCCAGGAAUGGAAAUUGCAGGCUUAUCGGGAGGUCUUUGACUGUUUCAUUGACGACUUCAAAACUUACAAGCCUCUUCUGGCUGCCAUAAAAAAUGAAUAUGAAAUCACAUUAGCAUACUUACGGGAGCAGAUACGGGAGCUGGAGCCCCUCCAUGCUCGUCUGGCUCUGGUUUCAGAGCAAUGUGAGAAGAGGAUCCUGAGCCUGCAGGAAGAGGAGAGAGCAGAGAUCAGGGCCCUGAAGCAAGAGCGCCAACAUCUCCGAAAGGUUGUUGAAAACACGAGAGAGAUACAAAGUGCCUUGCAAGCCCAGGUGUGUUGUCUGCAGAAAGACCUGGCCUCGCAGUACCUGAUGUACAGAGAGGAACGUGAUGCUCGCAAGCUGCUCAUCUCCAACCUCACCAGCAUGAGCUAUGGGCCAGAUGAGGAACCAGAAAAAGAGCAAGACGAAGUGGAACUUGAGGACCCAGUGAAAGAGAAAUUGGCUCUCAAGGUGUGUAGAGAGGACCUGACUAAAGCCCAGUUGGAGCUGAAUCGCUUGCAUGCUGAGUAUGGAGAUGUUGUUCCCCGCCGUGACUUGGAGAUUUUGGACCGUAUCCACAAAGACAGCCUGCUCAAGAUGGAGACCUUGCAGAAAGACUUUGAUCAGAUGAAGGGUGAAUAUGACACACUUCUUGAGGUGCACAAGCAGGUCACAUCCCAGAGGGACAGCCUCCAAGGAGAACUGGAUGGUUUCAGAGAGGCCUACAGCCCCAGGCCUGAUUGGGAGCAGUGUGCAGAUAUGCUAAGAGGUAGUAAGCACUGGGCAGUGUUGUUCCAGGGCCAAUCCAGCCAGCAGCGUCUGGCGAUUCUGCUGGCUGAACUUGGAGGAAAGACCUCUGAGCUUUUCACUGGACUGGGUACUUCUGAUGAUGUGCCAAUAUACCUGCGGUAUGAGGGACAGUUUAAGAACCUAAGGUUAAAGAAGGCAGAUGUUGUAAGAAUCAUUAAGGAGGUCUGGAAGGAAAAGGUCAUUGAUAAUGAAAAGAGAGAUGAAUGCAGUGAUCUGUCUGAGUUUCUGCACAAACAUCUGGAGAGUCAACAUGGUGAAAAGGCUGGAGAGUGGGCUUAUAGCUUAAUAGAGGGCAUUCGACAAUACCAAAAGGAUGACUUUGUCAGCCAAUUCAAUGAUAUUCUUACAGGAAAAGUAGAUGAGAGUGUAUACCACAGUGAGACGCAUCUACUGUCUAAUUUGCUGAAGGUGUUGAUCCACAGUGACAGUACAGAGAGUGGCAUGCUCUGCAUUAAGGAUUUCAGAGACGCCUUGAAAACGGCCUUCCCUCUGAAAAAAGAGCAAGACAUCGAUGAGCUAGUUACCACAGCUCAAGCUGAGCUAAACAGUAACAGUGGGAGCCUCCCAUAUCAAAGACUAUACGCUGAGGAUGCAGAUGGAAAACACAGAGACUUUCUCAGUCUGGUAAAAAGGCAAGCCGUAACAGAGAGGGACAUGUACAUCAGCCAAUUGAGGACUGAGUUGGAUGGCCAAGUAGAGGUGACUGAGGCAGACCUAAGGGUUGCCUUCAAGAACACUGGACUGGAACCUAACUAUGGCUUUCCAGAUUCCAGUGGAGGAGCUAGAGCAGCACACAACAAAAGUUGACACAGAGCUGGCCCUGCAGCAUCACCUGGUAGCUGAUGUGAGCAGUAGUGUGAGCACAGCUGGCCCUCCACAGUAACUGGAUUAAUUUACUUUUGAAAAGGUGUAGCCUUCAGGCAUCUCCUCUGUAUUUUAUUUUAACUAACAUACUUGUAUUCUGUAAACCCAUAAUAUAUUUCCAAGGAAACCAGAUUGGACAUUAAAUAAAACACUUGAAAUUA